UGCUUUUAAUCAUCUUUUUUUCCGAUUUUUCAUAGUACAAAGGAAUACAUAAGUGAACGCAGACUUUUUCUGCGAUGUGUAUAUACAUAUUUUAAACGCACUUUUCAAUUAAAUAUAUUUGGGAAAAGGAGGCUUUUAUAGCAUUGUCAAACAAAAUAUUAAAAUCAAAAAGCAAUAUUUAUAAAAAAUUAAAUUCUAAAAAUAAAAGCGUUAUUUAUCCGAAACUCAAUAUGCCAAAGAGAUUAACUGAAGAGGAGCUUUGCGAGCUUAAAGUAUGGCUAGUUGACCAACAAAUUAAUCCAAAUAAAAUGCACCGAGAGUUUUCGGAUGCAGUUCCUGUUGCCAAUUUAUUGAAAAAAUUGUAUCCCAAGUUAAUCGAUUUGCAUAAUUAUCCUCCACGAAACAACACUCAACUAAAGUUAAACAAUUGGGAAACUCUCAAUUUUAAAGCUCUUGGAAAAAUUGGCCUUCAACAAACAAACUCCAUGUUACAAAAAUUAGCAAAAGGAACGCCUGGAGCAAUAGAAUCGCUGCUUUAUGAUAUAAAAAUUCAAAGCAAAGCUAAACAAUCUGAUAGAAUUGACGAUCAAGAGCAAGCUUGGUCGGAAAACGAUGAUAUUAUUGCCGUCAAUGUUAGUAAAAAAAUUGGUGAUGCGAUCGUCCAAGUGCCACAAAAAAUGAUUUUAUAUUCGAUCUACGAGAACGCUGUUCGUGAAUCUCAGGCAAAAGACUCGUAUUUGAAUGCUGCAAAUCAAAAAAUUGCUCACCUAGAAAACAUAUUAAAACUUAAAGCGGAGCGCAUAGAAGAAUUGUGUGCACAACUCGCAAAAGUAUCGGUGCGAAGUUUGAUAAAGCAACAUAAUUUAGAAAACUCAAGCCCUAAUUCUCUUCUUAAUUUUGAUAAUAUCGAAAAUGAGACAAAUAGCAAACACAUUGAUUUCUGAAUAUUUUCAAUUUGAUAUUCCAGCUGUCAUUUAGUGAUCUGUCGAAAUUAGACAUGUAAAGUAUACAUAACUUAGACUCGUUGAAAUAUAUACAUAUAUACAAACAUAUAUAUUUAUGUAAAUAUGACAUCUCAAAAACUGGUUUAACAAUUGCGUGAAGAAUUCGGAAAAAGAACACUAUAGCUAAAUAAAUAGAUCUUAUUCGUAAUCAGAUGCAAACGAUAACUUGAAUAAAAUUUUUGAUGAAAUCGGUA